UUGAACUAUCAAACUAGAGAUAGAUACUCAUAAAAAUACGAUUAGAAACCAAAUCGGCAACCGAACAACACAUACACAUAAGUUAACACAUAUACACGUGACACAUGAAUAAUACAUCGCCGUAUUAUGUAUAACACAUAACAAAUAAAUAGUUCGAUAUAAUAUCAAUAACGUUUGAAUUUUUUGGACCGUUGCAAAUUCAAGGACUCAUUGUCACUGUCGCCGUCCGAUAUAAUUCGUACAUGGUAAAUGGAAUCUUCGGAUUUCGAAAGAACAACAAAAACCCUCAUUGUGUUUACAUAAUAUUUUUUUUCUACCGUUAACCACACCCACACACAUACACGUUGGCCAUCCGUAUCAGUGGUCCUCUAGUAUCUGUACCCGUUGAACUGUCAGUCGAAACUCCAAGGACUAUCAGUGGAUACCCCACCCCCGUAACCGGUAACCAGAAAAGAGGAGAGAGGGCUGGAUGUCGAUCGCUUUAUAUACGUUUGCCCGAUCCACCGUCAGCAACACAUGAAUUGUUGUCAUAUCGUUUGUCUGAAAAUCAAUAAUAGUAACAUAUAAAACGUUAAAAUUAUUUAUUUAUUAAAUUAUUUUUAAUAAAACAUCGAAAACUGUUUAAAAGUUUAAUAAAGUGUACUUGUUUUGUAUUAAAAAUGAAUUGUCUGGUUGUAGCGGUCGUGUAUGCGACUUCAGUGUUUUUAACAGUGUGCGGAGAACAAACCAGAGAAGUAUACAUACAAAAUUACGAUAAAGUUCAAGACCUCGAAACCUCGGCUUCGGGAUACAUAUACAGGACGGAUGGACAAAACCCUCCGAUAUUCAUUAAGCUUGGAGAGGGCAACAAUGAAAAGUUCGAUGCCAUAUUGGAAAAUUUCAAAAAGGAAAAUGGCUUUCACGGAUUGCCUGUGGCCAGCGGUAAACCCGCGUCGCCAUACCACAUACCAGUCGUCGGCGAGGAGAAGGCGGUCCACUACAACACUGGUCGUAGCAUCGAAAGCGGUUACAAACCGAAUUCUCAUUUCGGAGACCCGAUCGCAGACGACAUUGACGACGGGAGAUACGGGCUGGACGACGCGGACGAUUCACCGUCGCCGAUCUCGGACGUCGAUGGCUACAAUAAUUUCGAUCACGACGAUAACGGCGACGGAUUUGACUUUGGACCGUCCCCGUUCAAGUACCAUCGAGACGUGUCCAACGACGGCUUAAAAGGCGACACUCUGGGAUUCGACGAUCAGAAUUAUUUCGGAUCGCCUUAUACACACAACGAGUACAAGUCGCCGAGCAAACACCAUCACUCGAAGGCGGGCGGCUCGUUCCAAAAGGCCGGCCAUUACUUCUCGCAGGGCACGCAGGGCGACAGCGGCUACAAGAACCAUCACGACUUCGACAAGGGCCACGCCGGUAAGUACGGCAAGGACGACCUGAAGAGCCACUACAAGAAGGCGUCCGGGCACGUGGCCAGCCACAAGAACGACGGGGACCACUACGGCAAGCACAAGAGCGGCACGCACGGGGUCAAGGGACACAAGUUCGGCGAGACGGAGAGCCACAAAAAGGGGCACAAGACGACCGGUUUCCACAACGUGUACCACAAGGACGAGUACAACAAGGAACAGAAGUUCUACGACGACGCGCACAAGCACGGCAAGUACGACAAGUACGGUGGCAAGCACAAGGACUUCACCCAAAAGGCGGGCGGCCACAAGCACGGCACCAGCCACGAGUCCGGUUACGACGAGGCGCACAAGGGUGCGGCGGGACAGUUCGACAAGGGCAGCUACUUCGACGCCCAUAAGGGGCACAGUGGCGAGGCCGGUCACAAGUCGCACCACGACCACAAAGCCGAGUACGACACGCUGUCCGACAACAAAAAGUACGGCGAACACGAGGCCGCCGGCGGAGAUGACUUCUACUGAGCGAAGUGCGGCGCCGACUUGCAAGUCUAUACUAAGUAAUUUAGUAAUAUACCUAAUAUGAUGUAUAGUGUAUAGUGUACUUGGCGGAAGUAAACACUUCCGACAGACUUGCUCUAUAUAAAACUCGGUGCAUAUAUAGCUUAUUACUAUUAUCGUUGUUUUAUGCCGACGAUCGUGCGUGCAGCGUGUGUGUAUAUUAUAUAAUAUAUAGUGUCGCGUCCAUUUCACGUUCUGCAGAUAGGUCUUGUGAAAUGAACAGAAAUUUUAUCCUCCGACUCACAAAAUACGUUUUUUACACGACGUGUAAUUAACACGAUAUACAGAUGGCUUUUUACGAAACGGACAUUGAAAUUCGGUAGUAUGGAACUCGUUCUACCACUAUAUUAUAUCCACAUAGCGAAAUAAACGUAUCGCGUUCAAUUUUUGUAUAAAUAGAUGCGUUUAUGUAAAUUCACUUAAUGAUUUACUAAAAUGUAUAAAAAUUAUUUUACCAUCGAUGAAUUUCUUUUAAUCAAAUCUUUUCUAUUUUCAAAAAAUGUAUUUCAAUACUUAUUACAUAGGUAUUGAAAUACAUUUUUUGUACGCGAUGUAUAAACAAUUUAGUUUAUUCGAAAUGUCUACCCGUUUCACGAAACCUAUCUGCGAAAUGGACGCGAUAUAUACAUACACCUAUUUACCUAUAUAGUAUGUUAUUUAUACUUUUAUAAUAAUAUUAUAAUGAUAUUCAGUAUGAUUUUUUAGGUUAACACUAAAUUUCUGGCCUGAAUUACGUGAAUUUACCUGAAUCGAUUUUUGUCAAAGGUAUGGGCGUGUAUCUAAAUGCACAUUAAUUUUUGGAACGUUUCAAAUUUAAGGAUUCUUUAUCAUGUACAGUUUUUGUUUUCUCCAAAACUCAUAUUUCUAUUAACUACAACAUUACUAUAUUUUUCAAACCCCAUUAAGGAAGUGUUAUGAAGUGAUAAAAGUUAGUCCUACUUAAGUAUAUGGUUUCUAAAAUAGUAAAUAAUUUAAAACGUUUCGAUAAAUGUGUAUAAGACGUAUCCCUAGCUUGUCAAAUAAGUCUCGAUUCAAUGUAACGUAAUCAGCCAAAAAAUUAAAUGUUAAUACCUGAAUAACAAUCAUACUGUGUAUUUAUAUAACUAUACGAGUUAAGUUCUUUAAUUAAUUUCUAAAUAUACGUAUGUACAUAUUAUUA